UGGAAUAAAAAGAGUUCCUUCGGCCAUCUAACCAAAAUCUGCCCAAGGUGUCAAAAAGGAAAAAACCCAACGCCCAAAACAAGCAACCGCCAAUCCCCAAUGGUCCGCAUGGCGGCGGCGGCGGCCUCCACCUUCCUCCUCAUCGCCGCCCUCGUCGUCCCUACCGCCUCCGCCUCCGCCUCCGCCGCCGAAUCCGCCGCGGGGCCCUACGACCCGCCGACGGUGCCGGAGCUCAUGGACCGGUUCGGCCUCCCGCGCGCUCUGCUCCCGGUCACCGCCCGGCGGUACCUCCUCCACGACGACGGCUCCUUCCAGCUCUUCCUCGACGGCGGCUGCGUGGCCGAGGCCGGCGGCUACCGCGUCGGCUACGGCGUCAAGCUCUCCGGCGCGGUGGCGCCCGGGCGGGCCACGGGGCUCGGGGGCGUCCGCGUCCGCGUGCUGUUCGCCUGGGUGCCCGUCACCGCCGUCGAGGUGGCCGGCGGGGAGGUCACCGUCAGCCUCGGCCCGAUCAAGAAGUCGUUCCCGGCCGCCGGGUUCAAGUCCAGCCCCCGCUGCAUCGCCGGCGCGGCGACGCCGGCGACGGCGAGCGAUGGAUGAUUCUUGAUUAGCCUUUGGUUUCUAGAGCAGUUAGUUCGUUGCUAUUUGCUAGGACAGGGUUGGUGUACUUGUUCCUGUGAACAACACUUGUUCAUAAGAUUACACACACGAUUAAACGCUAUAAAUCAGUGCCAAGUACUCUCUCUUUUUUUUGUCACUGUGCCAGGAAAGAUUGAAUCAGUGCUAGUAGCCUAGUACUGAUUUUGUCACUCUGCUGGUAAAGAUUUAUUUUGAAUGUUCUGAUGAUGAUAUUCAGUUAUGACUUAUCUGAUGACCAAAAA